CAUGUCCGCGCUGGUUGUUGUCACCGGUGGUUAUGGAGAUGCGAUGGGACUACAAGCUGUCAACAUUACGGUGAUGUUCGUGUGUCCACCAGAGGGAUGCCCAGGAAGAUAGGAUUCAUUGUGGUCAACUCUUCAAGUCAUGAGGACAACUUCAGUGCCAAGGAGCUCAUGGUCCACGCACCCACAGUCAAUGGCUGGAGAUCCAGCAGGCUGUGCCCCUACACUCAACAUAUCACCCUCCAACUGGUGGAGAGAUGCAGGGUGAGGAAACUGCAGCUGCUGGCCCAUCAGUACCUGAUCCCAGCCAAGGUGGAGUUCCACAUUGGAGACACCCUGCCUGAAACCGGCACUUCAGGGUUCCCUGGACAGCUUCGCCGACUCGGGUACGUGUCUUUGUCGGACAAUGAGAAGACGGGUUUCAAAGCUCGGGAGUUGAAGUCAGUCCACGUGGACGCCAUCGGAACAUACCUCAGAAUUACCUUCCACAGGAACCAUGUCAACCAAUACAAUCAUCACAAUCAGGUUGCUUUGGUGGCCAUUAAUGUUGUGGGAGAUUCUUUGGAUGGCAAUGCUUUUAACACUAUUCCAAGCCGAGAGCAGCUGAUCGAACACUACCUCAACAGUACCCAGCUGGAAUCCGCCUUGGACACGACCUUCAUGGGUAAAUGUGAGUCCAUCUCCCCCUUGGAUGACCUGGCCUUCGACAUGUACCAGGACCCAGAGGUCGCCCACAUCAUCAGACUCCUGGACCAGAAGAAGCAGGACAUGGUCCGGCAGGAGAAAUACGAGCAGGCCAAGAAUCUGAAGCAGGCCAUCGCAGACCUGCAAAAGGUAGGGGAGCGUUUGGCCCGUUAUGAUGUGGAGAAGCGAUGUGCAAUCGAAAAGGAAGACUAUGAUCUUGCCAAGAAGAAGAAGGAGAUGAUGGAGGAAUACAGGACGAGCGUCUACCAGCAGCUGGAAGUCCACCACCUGCUGGACAUGUCAAUAAUCACACGUGUCGCAGAUUCCUCUCCAUCCCGGGAACCUCCCUCCCUUCAGCCUUCUCCAGGUCACUCUUCAGUUCCCACAAAGUCCCUCAUUUCAACCGACACAUUCAGGAAGGGGAAGAAAAAGGACGCUCCUCAGAAUCAACAGUUAGAUGCGAAAACUAUUGUUCCCAAGCAACCAAGCAACCAAUCUGACUCAACGAGUACCCCCGUUAUUGUACCCAGGAUUGACGUUAUCUGUAUGCCUUACGAUGAGAGGCCGCUUCCAGUCCAAAGGAAAGACCGGCCUGUGGAGGUGUCUCUGAGCCCCACACAGCAGCUGUCACCCCAACCUGACGCCCAAAGGACUCCGCCCAGCCCUGAGAUGAGCGGAGAGGCAGAGCCCCUGACGGAGAAGGCCCAGAGAGAAGCCAGCCUUCCAAUAGAAGUCUAUGGAGGAAGACUGGUGGCAGGGGCAUAUUCCAGAACCUGGUGCUACAGAGAGGAUGCUCUCCUGGCUGUGUACAAGAAGCUAACGGAGCUAUCACCCACCACCCCCAAGGAGGAUCUGAGAAACAUGACGAGAGCUGCAGUCUUCCUGGUCAAGAAGGCCCUCCUGGAUAAAGUGUCAUCUGUUUUCAACGCCUCCUUGAAGGUACUGCGACUGCUGCUGAGUCAGCUGAUCCCGGGUCUGGGCCGGUCUGAGGUCACCCACUGCGUAGAUCAGGCCUGGCCCAACCUGCUGGCCAGGACUGGGGACUCAGCCAGCCGCGUCCGGGGCACGGCCACUGCCUUCAUACAGGAAAUGUCUCUUUUGAAGGAUGUUCGCGCCCUGCAGGUUAUCCCCGGUGAGCUGGUGAAGCCCUUCAAGUCCAACUUCCCCUCUCGUCUGGCUCAGAGUCGGGCCGAGCUGCUCGAGAAGCUUCUCGCUGAACUGGGCACAGAGAACUCCGGCUUCACCUUGGACAAUGUCAUGAUGUUCUGUACAGCAGCUUUGGAACACAAUGCGUCAGCAGUACGAGAGCUGGCGGUGCGCAUCAUCUUGUCCAUGUACCAGCAGCACAGAGCCGCUGUUCUCCGCUUCCUUCCACCCAACUCUGCUGCUGCGCGGAAGAACUUCCUCUUCAAAACCCUCUUUGAAGGCUUCGCCAAGAUUGAUGGGAAGCUGGUGGAGACUCAGACUUUGAAGAAGGGAGGUGGUCAGCAGGAUGGACAAAAGGAGAAAGAGGAGAUCCACUCCCUUCAGGAGCAGCUGGCUGCCUUGAAAGAGAUCACAGAGAGACGGGAGGAAAGCACCAAAGACGAAAUUCCUGAUGAAGAAGCUCCCAAAGUCGAAUCCAAAAAAGCUGUCAAAACAACUGUCACAAAAGUGCCGCAAAACAAGGAAUCAGACAGUAUUGAUGUCCAACAAUCUAUCAACUACCUGGACAACCUGUGUAUAUUCUGCGGUAAAAAGGACGAGUCCUUCACAGAGGAUGGAUUGGACCUUCAUUACUGGAAACACUGUCCGAUGCUGAGACGCUGCGAUGAAUGUAGACAGGUAGUUGAGAUAGCCAGCCUCACAGAGCACCUGCUGGGUGAAUGUGAAAGCAGGUCCAGGUUCAGCCAGUGCCCGCGCUGCUCUGAGGCCGUGGCCCCCGAAGAUCUCACUCGCCACGUCCAGGGUCCCGCCUGCAAUGCCCCCAUCUCGGGUAAAGGCUCCAACCACUGUCCUUUGUGUCAUAACAACUUCAUUCCUGGAGAGAAGGCCUGGAAGGCUCACCUCAUGGGCAGGGAGGGCUGCAAACAAAACUCACGCAGGACUGCGGUGUCCCAGAGAACCCAGCCAGCACAAGGCAGGCCUGGUGGUGGAGCCAAGAUGAAGCAUGCGUGGUCGGUAGGGGCCAGAGGCAGAGCCAUGGGCAGAGGCAGCCGGAUCCCAGCACUGGCACCAAUGGCCAGAGGAAGUACACCAGGGAAGCACUGACACUGGAGCACCCUGGGGAGGCCCCCAGCAGCAACACACAGCCCUGUAGGAAACUACUCAAACAUUUCCUGCUCCCAUGAUAGCUUUCACAUCUUUUGACCAAAAUUACAGCAUGUCGUUCGCUGUAUUUGCUCUGUUUCCAGUCCUACUUAGGAUUAGGGUUAGGGUUAGUCCACCUGGAAUCACCAUCAUAAGACCUGUUAUUUUGUCUACACGUCAUCCCCUAGCGUCACACACCUGUCGGGCUAGUAAACAUGUGCAGACUGCGUUCUGUUUGCCGAUAUCACCUUACAGGUUGUUUUUUUUGGGUCUAAUUUUGUUCAAACUGCUGACUGGUUGGGAGCCAACCCCAGUUGGAAAUGAUACAACUAGAAGGCGUCACCCGUUACUCUGGUAUUGUACUUGCUUUAAGUUUCUUGAUGACUCAUAAGAGACAGAUACAACAAAAUAUCUUGACAUUUUGUGCCUAAUGGCAUCUCGGGGCUGACAUAACCCUGAUGACUCACUGUGACAUCUUCAGGGUUAUUCAUUUUUGAGUUAGUUAACUAACCGUUCUUCACAAGCUAUCCAAUGCCGCUAUAAAGGAAAACAUUUUAUUGUGAAAAUAGUCAAAAUGGGCACAAAAAGAACAAAAUCAGCAUUGAAUUUUAAAUUAUAUUUGGACCACAAACGUUAAUCAGUGUAGUAAUGCUACAUAUGUAGUACAUCUUGACAGGGCACAGUGACAGUAAAUGAUACUUAAAACACGCCUCUCCGUGAAGCAGUAAUGUGAGAAGACGAGGAAUAAAAACGUUCCUCCCUUGGCAACACGUCAGAAUCCUCCCUGACAACCUGAGUGCAGCUUUACUGUGAGCUUUGUACUUACAUUUUCACUUAUUGACGUGUAUAUCGAAAGAAUAAUAUGAAAUAGCACUUUGCCAAAGGGAUGGUACUGAAUCUUCAGUACAGGUUGAACUUAAUUUAUUAUUCCUGUUUAAUUCCUACUGACAAUCUUAAGUAGAUAGCACAAUUUAAUAUGCUGUACUAGUUGAGUAAGAGACUAAGUAGAGCUUUUAACGUAACAGAAUUAUUAAAAAGGAAAACACACAAUGGACAUGAAUGUACAGUCAAUAGUAGAAUCUGUGUAGCAGCUCUUUUUAGUGUAUUUUUGCUAAUUUUACCCACAAACUCAACAUUUAAACAGCUUAUAUUGUACCGCACAGUGUUAUGACGAUGGUGAUUGUAAUAUGUCUGUGUUAAUCCUCAGCCAAGAAUAACUAACACAGAAACUUCGGUAAAACAGUCCAAGGUGUCUUUGAAAGAUUGUAUUACGAGCAGGGGAAGUUCUUCAUUAAUGUGUGUGAUUAGACUUACUGUUAAAUAAGUUAUAGGUAUAAGAAAGUUUAUUUUUGAUUUCCUAAUCCAUCACAUUGGCUUUUAUAUGUUUCUGUAUUGAGGACUUUUGCAACAGUGGAUAUUUUUGAUGUGCUUUUAUGUGCAUAGUCAUUGUUUUAUGAAUAAUUAUGGCAUGAAAUGGCAAUUUCUUUCUGCAAAGUAUCUGUAUUUGUUUAAAUAAAGCUACAUUUAGCAUAACAUUGCA